AAUGACCUACAGAAUUCGGGGAAAGAUGAUGAUGAUUUCGGUAGUGUGGACCUUGUAGAGGAAAUACCUACUGAAGUAAGAACUUCAAACUCAGUGUCUCCAGGACGCGAUUUGCCUUCAGAGUCAAUUGAGGAUUCUGCGACUACUGAGGGCACCAAUGGGCCAUCCAGCGAAAUACAACUUGCAAAUGAAGGAAGUGCUGACAAUGACGGAUCAGAGGGAGAGGACAUUGCUGAGCAGGACAUGUGGACUCGGCCGCAGCGCCAAAGGAGACCGCCGCAGAUCUUAACUUACAACCCCUGGGAAAUCCACAGUACCAGUCGGCUGAGCCAGUAUUCAGCAGUUCACGCGUUAACGCCAUUCAAACUCCAGCUAUCACAGCUAUUCAUCCGGGAAUACCCCUGUAUUUCUGGGUGUGGCCAUGCUGUUUCCAACCUGUCUACUACCCGAGGGCUUGAGAGGAGCCUCUUAUAA